AUGGCCUGCACCCUGGUCCCCAUCAACCUGCACAAUCCAGCCGAGUACGCCGAGCUCCAGUCCCAGCGCGUCCAAUGCGGCUGGGACGCAGACGACACCAAGAUCCUCUCAUGGCGUGAGAAACAGGACCAGAACCUUAAAUCGUUCUUUUGGAUCACACUCCCGGCCACAUCUACCCCAGGAGACAACACAGACAACCGGACAGAAGAGAAACUAGCUAUCCGCGCGGGCCACAUCUCGCUGGACUCCUAUGCUGACCCUCCAGACCCUGAGCUCGCCCGCGCUGACAAAUCCGUCCUGACGAUCCAGAACUUCUUCAUCCGCCCGGAGUACCGGUGCAACGGUCUCGGGGGGAAAGUCAUGGAUCUGGUCGAGGGAAUGGCGAGCCAGGAGCCGUGGGGUAGUCCGGCCUGCCGCUUUGUGACGGUCAAUGCGCUGAGCAGGCGGUAUUUCUACGAGGAGGGGCCCGAGGGACUUGGGCUGUGGGAGAUCUUGGAGGAGAAGAAGCCGGCGAUGUGCAAUGUGGAUUGGUAUGCGCGGCGGGGGUAUGUGUGUUGGAAGUCGGAGCCGCGGUAUCGGGAGCGGUUGAAGAGCGGGGAGGAGAUUAUGAUCAUGGCGGAUUUUUUGAGGAAGGCUGUUACUCGAUAG